AUGGUUCAAGACAAGGAUCCAGGAUGGAUAGAUGUCUGGGCUGUCAAGGAUAAUCAGCCCGCGUGGUUUGAGCUCUUGCAGACCCUUCGAGCACACACCACGGCGCCUCAAGGUCAGCCUGAUCAGCUGGGCAUCAAUGAUGUACUUGAGGAUUGCAAAGAGUCCAUAAAGCGCGCAAUUACAAGUUAUCUCACCACGUUCAAAGAGCGCGCUCUCAUGGGCUAUGUCAACUGGGAUGCAGAGACGAGUCAACAAAUCGGGAUUCCCCUCGAAGGACACAUGGAUCGGGUAUUCUCGAUCGUAUUCUCACCAGAUGAUCACCGGCUCGCCUCUGUCUCGGGUGACGAGACAGUAUGA